CUCCCCUUCUUAUCUCCUCCCAUUUGAUCCCAUAAAUACCGCAUUGAUCGAUCGUCUGUUCUUAAACGAACCAUUAAAAUCGGUUCUCAAUUUCCUUUCUCCUCUUGUUCCGCGCUAGCACUGCAAUCAGAUCUACAGAUAGCAAGCAAUAUGAUGAACGAAACCUGCAAGUCUGAAGAAGAAACCGCUCUUCCUCUCACCUCUCUUAACCACAUCUCUCUGAUCUGCCGGUCCCUCGACGAAUCCCUUGAUUUCUAUCAGAAUGUUCUCGGUUUCCUCCCCAUUCGUAGACCCGGAUCCUUCGAUUUCGACGGGGCUUGGUUGUUUAAUUAUGGGAUCGGAAUCCAUCUGCUGCAAUCGGAGCAUCCAGAGAGCAUUCCGAUGAAGGGCGAGAUUAAUCCCAAGGACAAUCACAUCUCAUUCCAGUGCGAGAGCUUGGCUUUAGUGGAGAAGAAGCUCAAUGAGAUGGGCAUCAGCUACGUGCAGAGGACGGUUGAAGAAGGAGGGAUCUUUGUAGAACAGAUCUUCUUCCAUGAUCCUGAUGGCUUCAUGAUCGAGAUCUGCAACUGUGAGAAUCUCCCCGUCGUUCCGCUUCCUGCAGGCGAGCUUGUGGCCGGAGCUUGCAAGCGAGUUGGUUGCCUCAACCAACAGCAGCAACAAGUGGCACAGUGUCUGUCGCCUGCAGUUCAUGUCACGGAGCAGGAAUCUCAUAUUUCCUGUGCGUGAGAAAUUAAUCAUUUGAUUUUUAGUGUGUGUAGCUUAAAACAUUUUUUUGUGUGUAUUUUUAUCUAA